GAUCAGUCAGAUAAAACUCGUCGGAAUGGUAUGAACUUAUGGCGGACAGUUGAGACGCGGGUGUGGACUGUUGAAGCGAUUCGCUUCCUCCCUGCCACAGUUUUCUCCAUCUGGUAAUGCUAUUGAACGAGAAAGCACUAAUUUGACCAUUUUGAGUUUAUAAAUUGGCUCAGAGCUUUUGAGGUGAUGGCGCGAAUGAAGUCAAGGCCCCAACGCACAACGAAAAGGAAAUCGCAAGAGCGCGGCGUUCGAGAAGGUUUACGAGCAGGGCGGAAAAGUCCGACUGCUAGUAAGCGUGUGAGACUGCAUAGCCCGGAAGAACAGCCAUCGACUUCUUCGAAGAAAGGAAAGAAGAAGAAAGGCAGGCCUUCUCAGAUACAAAAGAAAGAUGCACAUCUCCCCCCUGAAUUACGCAGUGCAGGACUUUUGGCCCACAUGCAUAUUCCAAAGGGAAAGUNCUUUGGACCAUUUAAUGGAAAAAUCAUGGACAGAAGAAAGUCUCCAGACAAAAUGCACUUUUUUGUAUCACAGGUGGAAGAUAAAAACAGCAGAAACAGAUCAUUGAAGUUUUUCUACGCACACAAGAAUGAGAAAGACAAAUGUGGCUGGCUCAGUCGACUUCAGAGUGCAACAUCAGAAGAACAACAGAAUGUUGUGGCUUAUAACUGUUCCACAGGGGUCUGCUUUGAAGCCCUUAAAGACAUAGCGGCAGGGGAGGAGUUGAUGGUGUUGUUUGAUAAAUCAUUUAAAGGGUUAGAAUAUCCAGCUUAUGUUGAAAGCAUACCCGUCUCCUUCAUCACAGAUGAAAGAGGUGGACAGAUAGCAGUGGUGCCACUCGAUAAAGAGGUGGAUCACACUAAAGUAUAUGUUAACCCUAAUGAUGAUGAUAAUGAUGAUAAUAAUGAGGAGGAGGGAGCUGGGAAGGCUGAUGACAAUGAAACAGCUGCACCUUUAGAUGUAGAAGAUGUGGAAAUUAUAGGAAUUGAUGAUGAUGAUGAUGAUGAUGAUGAUGAUAAAAGUGACUUCAAUGUUGAUGAUGAUGAUGAUGAGGGUAAUGACCAUGUUGACGAUGAUGAUGGCGGCGAUGGUGACAAUGACGAUGACAGUGAUGAUGAUUACUGUGAUGAUGAGGAUGAGGAUGACUAUGAUGAUGAUGAUGUUGAUGAUGAUGAUGAUGACAUGGAUGACAGUGAUUAUGAGUUUAUUCCUAAGAGUAACGUGAAGUUAGUGGUGGAGAAUAAAAGCACCGAUGAUGAUACUGUGAUGGGAGAAGGGGAUCAUAGAGAAAAGCAGACAGUUCAUCGCAAAAGAAAGCCCAACAUCAAAGAAAUAGCCAUUGUUGAUGCGGAUAACGGUUCAGACACAACCAAAUUCCAGUGUACCCACUGCCUGGAGGAGUUUAUGCAAAAAGAGAAAGCUCUGCAACAUAGUUCUUCCUUGGAAUGCCUUUCAAGACAGUUCCGAUGUGACACAUGCACUCAAGAGUUCAGAAAUGCUUUUGUACUCCAGAGGCACAGAUGUGGAGGGAAGCCAAAGUGCAAGAUUUGUGACGAAGGGUUUCAGGAGUGGAAACAAUUACAAGAUCACGAGAGUGCUCCACCAGAAGAUCACCAACCAAAGUAACUCAAGUUUUUCUUUAAAUUAGGAUACACUUAACGGCACGCUAACUUUUGUUACUCUGUGUCAAAAUUCUAAGACCUGCCUAACGAAUGGGCGAUUCCAAAAAUCGAACAACAUUUUCCUCAGUUUGGCAUACCAUUUUUUCGUCCUCGACGUAGCAUACCAAGCAGAGUUUCCUUUACGCAAGUCGCGUUAAUUUCCUUCUGCAGGAAGGAUACGGAUUUAAAACGAAACUAAUUCCUUGAGCGCCGGUUCAAAACAUUGGACAAGACGCUGAAAGUUAAGAAGGGACCUUAAGCAAACCACGUCGGCAACGGCGACGAAAACACCACCAAACAAAAGGUUUAAUGAGCAGGUCAAUAGCCGCGCACACUAUGAAUCUUUGAACAUUUCUUUGCUGUCCUCUGCAAAACAACAACGUGAAAUGAUUAAGUUUUGCGUAUUUUGGAGAACGCGAACAACGGCUAAUUUUUCGUAUUUUCUUUUGGAAUUGAAUGCUGGCGUUACAUAUUUACAGCUCGAGCAAUUUCUGAGACCAACAGACACUCUCAACAGAUCUAGAUAAUUGCGAAAUUCGAAGGUAAAAUGUAAGUUCAUGUUUUACUAGGCGUUGUCCUUGGGGUCGCGUCUAAUCUCAGUCGCAUUUGUGCCCAGCUGGUCGUUACCCGUUGUUUUACUGGCGAUAUUAACUUGAUAUGCCACCGAAGUUUCAGUGCCAACGUUAAAUGAUAUGUAUUGGAACCUGUAAGGAGACUUGAUAUUUUAAUCUUGGUUAGCAGUGCUUGAG